UUCUGGAUCCGGAGAAUCACUCUGAAGGGAAAUGAUCACUAACUGGAUCUACAGCCGCCUGUUUGACUGGAAACACACCUGAGAUCAGGUGAGAGUUUCACACAACUGAAAGUGAAAGUCUGAGCGUUCUCACUGGACGGAACAGCAGGGGCAGGAAAUGGCUUCUAGAUCUUUCUCAGAGGAGGAUCUCUCCUGUCCUGUGUGCUGUGAGAUCUUCAAGGAUCCUGUUGUUCUGCUCUGCAGCCACAGUGUGUGUAAAGUCUGUCUGCAGAAGUUCUGGGAAACCAAAGGAUCCAGAGAAUGUCCAGUUUGUAGGAGGAGAUCUUCAAUGGACCCUCCUAGAAACCUGGCUUUAAAGAACCUGUGUGAGAGUUUCUCACAGGAGAGAAGUCAGAGAAGUUCAGCAGAGUCUGGAAACAUCUGCAGUGACCACACUGAGAAACUCAAACUCUUCUGUCUGGACGAUCUACAGCCGGUGUGUUUGGUGUGUCGGGACUCUAAAAUACACACCAACCACAAAUUUCUCCCCCUUCAGGAAGCAGCACUCGACUACAAGGAGGAGCUCAAAACUGCACUGAAGCCCCUGAAGGAGAAGCUGGACGUCUUUAAAAGGUUUAAGCUGGAUUUGGAUCGGACUGCAGAUCAUAUAAAGACUCAGGCCCGACGCACAGAGACGCAGAUUAAGGAGGAGUUUGAGGAGCUUCACCAGUUUCUACGAGAUGAAGAGGCAGCCAGGAUAUCAGCACUGAGGGAGGAAGAGGAGCAGAAGAGUCAGACGAUGAAGGAGAGGAUUGAGAAGAUGAGCAGAGAGAUAUCAGCCCUUUCAGACACUAUCAGAGCCGUAGAAGAGGAGAUGGCAGCUGAAGAUGUUCCAUUCUUACAGAACUACAAGGCCACAGUGAAAAGAGCUCAGCUCACACUGCAGGAUCCAGAGAGCCUUUCAGGAGCGCUGCUCCAUGUGGCCAAACAUCUGGCCAACCUGAAGUUCACCGUCUGGGAGACGAUGCAGCAGAUCGUUCACUUCACUCCUGUAACUCUGGACCCCAACACUGCUCAUCCUAAACUCAUCCUGUCUGAUGAUCUGACCAGUCUGAGAGUCACCAAAGAGAAACAGCAGCUUCCUGAUAAUCCAGAGAGAUUUGAUAAAUCUUAUUGUGUUCUGGGCUCUGAGGGCUUCAACUCAGGAACUCACUGCUGGGAUGUUGAAGUUGGAGACAGUGAACACUGGAUACUGGGUGUGAUGACAGAGUCGGCUCAGAGGAAGAAACUUAUAUCCUCCAGGAGAGGAGUUUGGAGUGUGUGGUAUUUGCGUGGUAAAUAUAGAGUCUGUUUUUCACCACAGCCAGACACUCUCCUCUCAGUAGGUCAGACAGUGCGGAGGGUCCGAGUGCAGCUGGACUGGGACAGAGGAAAACUCUCAUUCUCUGAUCCUCUCACUAAAACACACUUACACACUUUUACACACACAUUCACUGAGAGAGUGUUUCCACUGUUCGGUACCCUUAAUAUCAGCCCUGUGAAAAUGUCAGCAGUGCAGUUUAGUGUAUCAGUGAAUCAGCUCAGUUAGAGCUCAUUCAGUCUUUGUGUGGAUCAGCACUGAAACACUGAUUAAUACUGAAAUGAUCUGCAGUUAUAAGAGCUGUUCAGUCACUGCAGCUCAGAUUACCUGACAAUCUUACUGAGCUGCUUAAACACAUGUUUGGAGAUGGUAAUGAAGGUGUAACAUUCAGAGACAUUUAUGGAUUAUUCUACCAAACUGAUUUAAACACACAGCUGAAAACACAUUUAACUGACUUGAACUUUAGACUAAAAUCUUUUUCCUUUUAGUGACCCUGUAGCUUAAUCAUGUUUAUUUUAUUA